UCAUAAGUAUUUUCAUUUUACCUAGUUCCGUUGUUUAUCAACUUGAAUGUUAGAUGAUGCAAGACUUUUCUAAAGCAUAGUAGCGGAGAAAUACGUCCGUUCCUCUGUUUGUAUGCUGUAUUUGCCCUGUUCAUUUAAUACAUCGUAAUAUUUUGUUUGAUAUUUAUCGAUGUAGCUAAAAAAAUGAGUAUUACAAAUCUUUUCGACACGUUUUUCACCCCUUCAAUGGGAGGUUUGAAUCUGGGGUUUUCAGAGCACGAGAGAGGGCUGGCCGAAACAGUACAUUCCAUUGCUUUUGCUGAAAUAAAAAGACAUCCAAAGGCAUUGGAAGUAGAUCCAGAUUACGGUUUGGAAUACGAUGAUUUUACUGUUGAAAGAAUAGAACUUUCGAAAAAGAAUUUGAGUAGAAUCUUCGAACUACUCGAAAAAGCAAGGGACGCUAGGGAAGAGUUUGUGGAGAACUUUCCAGACUGGAGUAUUUUGAGGAUGGAUGCCAUCCAGAAGUUGACAGAGAUCGAACAAACGAUUCAGAAAGAGAAGUUCUGGUGCAAUGUCGGAAAAAUGGCCGGCCAUGUUAUUGGCGGAGCUGGAGCUAUUGCAAUAGCCAGUGUCUUUCUGUUUCCACCAGCUGCUCCUGUCGCAGCACUCCCAGCUUGCUUGAGCGGGAUUGCGCCAUUCGUGCCAAGCUUCCUUCUCCCAGCUGCUCCAGCGGUUAUUUCACCUCUGGUGGUAAAUGGCGGAAUAGCAGCUGGUGUUGGUGGAUUUUCUUCGCUUGGAUCCAAAGUUGCUGAGAUGGCGCUUUUACGCCAACGCAUGGAAGCGGCCAAGAAAGUUCUAGAAGGUGACAAGAGGACCUUUGCUUACAUGGAGAACUGGUUCAAACACACUAAAGAACUGAUUGAUGCUGUUGAAGAUGUUAUUGGCUUCAAUGUCAUAAAACAGCUGUAUGAAGACAUGGACACUCUGUUUGCUGAUGUUAAACGACUACACGACUUAAAAUCCAAAAGUCCUCGGUGGUUGCAAGCGGCAAUGAGAUUCUGCGUAAGGCACAUGUUGAGUGCCAAACUCUUUGCCAAAUAUUUAGGACCGGGGUUGUCUGCCGUCAUCGUCACAUUUAUGUUUGUAAUAGUAUUCCUUAGUAGACGGAAUAGAUUUAUCUUCCAAUGCAUUCUGAAAACAAAAGAACUGAUGAACAGGUUCUAUAUUGACAUAGACAAUGUCGCUGAACUGGCGCGAGUAUUUGCAGCUGUUAGCGUCGGUGGGUCCAGCGCCAUUGAAUAUCUUCCAAUAGAAGCGGCGAGAGAGAUAUCGCUAGGUGUGUUUGCAGGACUAGGAAUCGCCAUCAAUGCGGCGAACAUCGUCUUAACCUCAAUUGAUAUUAAGAAUGGCUCGACGUGUAAACAAAGAGAGGAAAUUAAAAAAGCAGUUGAAAAGUUACAAGAAGAGUUGGACUUACUCGAGAAAGUCUAUGUUGCCAUGUUUUCAGAAGAAGCACAAAAUUGUUCUCUGAGUCACAGUGAAAUGCAGGAUUCAGAUGAUUCGGACUCAUUCGAGUCCGAAUCAUCUGAAUCCUGCAUUGAUGCUGAGGGUUCUAUAGAAGCAUAAAAUGUUUCUUCGGUCAAAAAAGCAUAGGUUUCAGAAGAGACCACACAAAAGUUUUGAAAGUUUGCAAGAAGAAAUAGAUUUAUUUCAGAAAUUCAACACAAGAUACAACGGAAGUGCAAUAUGACUCAGAAAGCGAGACGAAGGAAAAAAGGAAACAAUUAGCUAAGUUGAGAAAUACGCAACAGCUUCUUGCAGUUCUUUUACAUUUGAUUACUUUUUUUAAUCAAAUUGUAGAACUUAAACAUAAACUUAACUAUUUAAAUUACUUAAAACCAAUCGGAUUGAAAAAAUGGGAUGACAUUGAAGUAGAAAGCAUUACUUUCAAAAAUUUUAAUUAUGGCGAUAGAAUCAUGAUAACACAUUUUAUUGCCAAAAAGAAAAAGCAAUUAUAUAUAAAAAAGAAUUGAACCUGUUUCUGUAUAUAAUAAAACUAGGACAAUAUUCAACUUUUUAGUGUUUAGAACAUAACCUUCAACAACAGUUUUAAAUCCAGAGAUGAUUUGUGAAUUCAGAAGCAAUCAAGAUUGUAAAAUGUAUUUUUAAUAAAAAAUAUGUGUUAAUUUCUAUUAAAACCCAAAUUUUGAUAUCCAGGUAUAAUUUUUAAAUUUUGUAUUUAUUUUAAUUUUAAUUUUGUAUUUAAUUAAAUUUUGUAUGUAUUUUAAUGCUAU